AAACAGAAAACACCUUCUGGAAGAGUUUCUGAUACACAGCUUCAAGCAUCCAGCAACAGAAUAUCUUCUUCAGCCAUGACCGAGAGGCGAAUCCCUUUCACGUUCCUCCGUUCUCCAUCCUGGGACCCGUUCCGUGACUGGUACCAGGGUAGCAGGAUCUUUGACCAGGCAUUUGGGAUGCCAGCAUUACCAGAGGAGAUGCACAUCUUUCCCAGCAGCCACUGGCCUGGCUAUAUGCGCCCUUCCAUUGGUGCUGAGAUGCCCUCCUUGAUGCACGGCACUCAGGUGCCUGUGCCCACUAUUCCCACGCCCAUGGUGCCUCAUCCUGCCGCCUAUGCCCGUGCUUUUACACGCCAGCUCAGUAGCGGGAUGUCUGAGAUCAAACAGACACAAGACAGCUGGAAGGUGAGCUUGGAUGUCAACCAUUUUUCUCCUGAGGAGCUCACAGUGAAGACCAAGGAUGGUGUGGUGGAGAUCACUGGAAAACAUGAGGAGCGGAAGGAUGAACAUGGCUUCAUAUCUAGAUCCUUCACUAGGAAGUACACACUGCCCCCUGGAGCCGAUGCAGAGAAAAUCACCUCCUCUCUCUCCCCCGAGGGCUUCCUGACUGUAGAGGCACAGCUACCCAAACCCGCCCUCCAGUCCUCUGAGAUCACCAUCCCUGUGAACACAGACAGCAGCGCUGUGCAAAAGCAGGGAGGAAAAAAGUGAAGAAAAGAAGCAGAAAUGCUUUCCAGCAUGACAUUUGAGAUACACAAGAUUCUGUUUUGCAUGUUUAUCGCAUGCUCCAUUUGCAGCCUUUUCAGCGUAUGACAUUGGAUUGAUAUGUUUCUUGUUUUUCUCUUUGUUUGUCUUUCCUUGUGUGAGUCACUAUUACCAUGUUCAAUGCAACCAUAUGUUAGUUCUACUGUAAUUAUAUGCUUCCUUUGAAUAACGGACAUACUCAAACACACACACUUACGGUUUUCUGGUGAGAUCUGAAAGCAGUUUACACACUUGCUAAUAGAGGGGUGUUGGUUUCUUUGACACACAAACACACAAAUAGCACUACAGAGAGAGAGAGAGAGAGAGAGAGAGAGAGAGAGAGAGAGAGAGAGCCUUGACACCACUCACACACCUCUGAUCCCCAACUGAGAAGUUAUUUUCCUUCCUCUGGCACAAGAGAAGAAACUGUAUGUGGUUAAAGCUGUAAUGUUCUUAUAAUGAUUUAUUGGGAGAAAUUCAGAAGAUCAUUUAGAAGAAUGAACUUUGAACUUUUCAAUAAACAUUUAACUACAA